AUGAAGGAGUACUUGGCAGAUUCAGCUCACUUUAGUUCGACAGACCAAAAGCUGGACAGUUAUUGUCGAAAAAUUGACACUCACAUCCUUAUAUACGCAAUUGUGCUUUGCAUCUUAGGCCAAAGCGACCGCGGCUCCAUUGGUGUCGCCAAGGUGGUCGGUCUAGAAAAAGACCUUGGAAUGGUCAAGAAUGACUUCAACAUUGCUACGACGCUAUUUACGGUUGGUUACCUUUCGCUCGAAAUGUUUUCCAACUUUUUGCUCAAGCGCCUGGGCGCAUCUGUGGUGUUGCCUACAUUGGGAAUACUCUGGGGCAUAGUGUGUGCAUUUCAGGGAGUCAUUAAAACAAAAACACAACUCUACAUUAUGCGACUGCUCUUGGGAAUGGCUGAGUGCGGAUUCACCGCGGGUAUUCUGCUUAUAAUGUCGUUUUUCUACCCCAAAAGCAAGCUGACUACGCGCGUCGGGUUUUUCUACUUGAGCUUUCCGUUGGCCAACGUGUUUUCUGGCCCUCUGGCUUUUGCCUUGUCGCAUAUUGACCAUCCGACAAUAAAACACUGGCAGUGGGUGUUUAUUCUCGAAGGGCUCAUAACUGUCCCCGUGUCUGCCCUUGGCUACUACAUUCUUCACGAUCAUCCAGAAAAGUGCUCAUUCCUGUCUCAAGACGAAAAGUCACUCAUUGUGGCAUACAAGCGCCGGGAGGGCACCCUGGGCGGGUCCGAGCAGCUAUCAAUGCGGGAUACAAAGCGGGCACUGAUGGACUGGCAGCUGUGGUGUAUGACAUUUGCAAAUUUUGCCGUCUGCACAGGGAGUCACACUUUGUCGGUAUUUGCACCCGAAGUUAUCAACGAGCUGGGAUUCUCGCCCAUGCAUUCUCAGAUAAUGAGCGCCCUGCCAUCCCUCUGCGGUGCUGUUGCUAUUUUAUUAGCCGGAAAAACUGUCAAUUUGUGUCGGAGCCAUUGGCUCGCCGCAUGCCUAGCCUUGGGCCUCUCUCUCCUGGGCAGUAUACUUAUGUUGGCCACGCUUAAUGUGCCUUUGCGCGUCUUUGGGCUCUGUUUGCUUGGUACUGGAUCGUUUGCUGGCUUGGGCAUUUUGCCGGGAUGGGUUAUUACAGCAAAUUCGCAGACCGUUUCCAGCUCGACGGUGGCAUCUACACUAACUGUAUUUAUGGGCGCUACUGCAAGUUUUGUGUCGGCAAAUGUAUUUUUGAACUGGGAUGCGCCGAGGUUUGUAAUCGGCCAUACAGUGAAUGUGGCUCUUCUCACCCUGGGGAUUCUGGCAUGUAUCGUGACGCGAAUAAGCAUGGGUUUCAGAAAUCGUCAGUUUGACCAACAGAAAAGACAGAUGAAAAUCAAAAUCGAAAUUGAAAGCAUAAAAGCUUUUCGUUUUGUAUACUGA